GUCUGUGGAUGUCCUCCAGUGGGUGUCACUGAGUCGAGUCAUUCUUGUUUAAAGUAAGGCUGAGAUGGGACGUCAUGUAUUUUCAGCUCACGUGUGAUAAACCCAGCAAACUUGAGGUCAUUCUGGAAAUGUCUGGAUUUCUGACAGUAGAAUAUAUAAGGUGUGAGCUCAGAGUGCUGCAGCAGAUCAGAGACUCAAGACUGGGAGUUCACAUCAGUCAGUUUGAGGGAAGUGAGAGAAGAGGCAGAGACAAUGCUGAGCUAUCGGGCUUUCCACCCUUCACGUCUGUGCCAGGAGCCUGUAUACACACUGGCGCCUGUUGCACACAGGCUCUGGGAACCACUUGAAUGCAACAUGUGGGAACAGGUGGAAGAAGCGAGAAAGGGCAUGAAGUUCAUCCAUCGAAUUCUUGAGGAUCUGACAGCAGAAUGUUUUGGGGAAAUACCAGGAACUCGAGACAACAAAUCUGAUGCUAAUGGAGAAGGUAAAAGACAAUCCGAGGACAAGGAUGGAGAUGGCUUUUCUGUGUCCCUGAAUGUCCAGCACUUCCCCCCAGAAGGCCUGAGGGUGAAAGUAUUUGGAAGGAAAGUGCUGGUGACAGGAAAACACGAGAAAAAAUGUGAUGAUGGCAGCGGCUGUUACAGCUACAAAUAUGAAGAGUUCAGGAGAGAAUUCCAGCUGCCAGAGGAUGUCGAUGCUGAAGCUCUUCGAUGCUGUUUGUCACAGGACGGUCGGUUAAAGGUUCAAGCCCCGCGCCUGGAACUGCCAGCUGUGAAUGAACAGACUGUCCCCAUCAACAUCCGCUCGGAUACAACAACCACUCCACGGCUCAAUCCUGACCAAGAGGCAGAGGAACUGGAGAAUCGGAAGGAUGUGGGGAUCAAGAAAGCUGAAGAACAGAUGAACAGUUAGGACACUGUUACAAUGAACUGAUGACAUUGUAAUAAUUGUUCAAAAGCAGCAAUGAAUUUCUGUGAAUGUCAGAUAAAGAGAUAUUGCUGUCCAGUUAAUAGUUUUCAACUUGGAAACCUGUACACUGCUAUCAUCAUUGUUCAUGUGGUUUAUUUCUGUAUGUAUAUUCGAAAAAUAAAUACCUUUGAAAUUUAA